UCCCACCCCCGUGUUUCGGCUGUCCCGUCUCGACCAGCUGCAAUCUCUCCUGCUGGCUGGCCAUCUCUCCCAUCCCAUUCUUUUACCCCCAGCUGUACCUCCGACCUUGCAAUGGCCGCCGAAGAAGAUCCGCUCAUUCAGGCCCUGCCGCCGGCCACUGACUACCUCACCUAUCUCACCCUCCUCGAAUACCAACUCACCCCCGCCCGCCUUCCCAUCCUCCACAAGCUCCUUCAGGAUGAAGUCCUGACGACUAACAUCGGCUGGGACUUGGUGCAGCUGUUGCUGCCCAUGUUGCCCCAAUCCCUCGAUUGCCUGCACGACAUUGCCCGCCUGGGCAACCCAAGAGAGGUGCUAUUGCGAGUUUCCGAUGCGCUCAUGCAGUUACAGCCCGAGGACGAGGAUGAUGAUAGCGACGAUGGCGCGGCUAAGGCUGAUGAAGCGUCGCAAGAUGCUACGGACGGCGCAUCGAAAAAUGUGGCCCUGCCGCGCCAUAUCUUGCAGUUCAAUACUCUGAUCUCGAUGCUAUCGGUUCUCCAUUCCCGUAUCCAGACCAAAUCCCCAAGUCGGUUCCUAGCGACAUCGCUGCAGGCUGUACUGGAGGCAUAUACCCUCAUGCCUACGAACGAGACAACGUAUGCGAUGCUGGAGUUUUUCAGAGACGUCUCGCCAUCCAAGAGGCCGGCACCGCCACCCAGAGUGCCCAGCGAGUCGAGCGUGCUGCGUCUUUCGGAGAAAACAGCACCGGAUCCGGAAGCAGAGGUCCAGACCCCUUCCCCGGCAAGCGAUGAUGAGUCGGUUCUGGUUCAGAAGUUUCUACAAUUCGGUCUCAUCGAGGUUCUCAAGUCAUACCUGCUGAGCUUCACUGGGCCGUCAGACCCGGGUAUGUCCUGGGCGAUUAGACUGCAGGAGAAGUUGCAACCCGGUCUGCGUCUGGCCAAGCAGGAGACACCGAGCGAUGCAUUUGCCAGUCAUAAAGAGCUGAAAGAGAGGGACAUGAUCAUUGCCAAGAUCACGGCUCUAUCCCGAGAUUUUGGUCUCAAUGACCAGAAACUGCUUGAAAUUGCCCUUCAAUCCCCGAAGGACCAGCCUCUUCCUCUAGACUUCGAGGAGCCGCCCAAGAAGGCGGAUGAGAUUCCGUUAGAAAGACACGGCUCCUUGUUGCUGCUCGCGGCGCGGGCGGCUACCGCAGAACUGUUCUCCUCUGGCCAAGUCAGUCCGAUCGCCAUAUUCCCUGACUUGGCACGGAUCUUCCAGAACUUCGUCGGAGGAUACAAUUCUCCAGACGAAGUGGCAUUCGGACAGCCCCAAGUGCUGCUGGACUCUCUGCUCACGCUGACGGUCUUUUCCAUGCAAAAGCCAAGCGAGACGACACCCCACGAGAAGGACUUCAUUGACUUUGUGCUGACCUUGACUGCUUGCACUGCGCGUCAAAAUUAUAGCUCCGUCCGACGCAUUCCUGGAACGAUCAUCCGGACGCAUCCAUCGCAGGUCACCCAGUUCAAAGUGAUCCGAACCGUUUUGGAAGACGACCGCUUCCAGAGCGUCAAGGAUAGUGCGAUUGGAUGGCUCAAGACGGGUAUCCUUGAAGCAGCAAACUCGUCCAAGGCUGGCACUUCAGCAGAGCCCAGCGUCUACCUCGACCCGCACUACUUCUCGGUGCUGUUCCCUUCGCUCUUCAAUUCCUCCGACUUGUUCAUGAACGUGUCAUCCGACCUCGUCGCUUCCUUCAUAAAAUUCUCCCAGACUCUAUCCCCCUCCAUCCAUGCGGCUCUCAGCCUCUACUACACCAUCGUAUCUUCAACACACCUGCGCAAGCAGCUCCAGCUCGAAAAGACCUACGUCUACUUCCGCAAUCGCUUCCUCGAGCCCCUCAAGUCCCUCUGCCAUGCCUUCGAAGCCGACCUGGCGCAAAACGGUGGCGACGGGAAGAUCGAGGCAGCAGUCGGCGAGAGCCUAAGCCAAGUCGGAAUGGCGCGCUCGGUCGGCUUGAUCUCAUACAUGCUGGAACAAGUCGAAGACGCGGUCGGAGAGACUUUUGUGGAUGAGUCGGACAUGCCGGAGCCGAGUGCGGACGAUAUCGCGCGGGUGGAUAUGAUUCGGAAGGAGACGUCUCCUUGAACGAGGGUUCUGUACAUAGUUGAUUCCGGCCUGAGGAAUUCAAUGUGCAGGCCUAUUGAUACCUCUUGCUAUAUGAUGAGAUAGAGCUAGUGGCUAAAUACAUGGAAGCGGCUGCUUAUGUUGAUAUUUG